UAUCGCCUCAUCUUGUUUUACGGGGACAACAUUGGGCUAUUUUUACGCACUUCCAGCAAAGCGCGACCCGGUCCGCUUCAGGGUCGUGCUGUGAAACGCAGCCUUGGGACUGGAGUUUGAAAUCGCGAAAACGCGAAAAACAACUUUGUUGGGAUUUUCAAACGGAGCGUGUUGUCGCCAUUGCAUCACUCCACGCGCUCCGGGAAGCGUCGCCUGACUUGCCCGACGCGUACACCGCACGCGCGCCUCCGGUGCGGCUGCAGACUCGCGGCUCGGCACGCGUGUGAGCGGCCGUCGCGGCGGCACCGGGCGUUUGGAGAAGGGGGGAAUGAAACGCGCCACGGCGGCGGCGCGCAGACGUUCACCCUUGAGCUCUCCGCGUUCGCGUUCGUCUGUGCGCAAUGGCACCGAGCGCUCCGGCUGCUCUGCACGGCGCCGGACGCGAUCCCCGGGCAACUUUUGACUCUGGACGGACGCUGCUUUGCCUCGAUGGCGUCUGAUGAUUUCCUGCGUGAGGAGCAGUAGCGGUGUCGUAAGUGUUCAGAUUCUUCACUCCCAUGUCACCGGGACGUCUCCAUGGCGACGUUUAGCAGCGCAGAGAGGCUCUGGAACGAGUCGGAGCUGUUCGGGCCGGACGAGGGGAACGGCAGCGCGGAGGCCUCGUGGCAGGACGAGGGGGAGAGGAACUACUACGCCAUGCUCUACUCCCUGCUCAUCCUGGCCAUCGUGUUUGGGAACGUGCUGGUGUGUCUGGCUGUGCUGAGGGAGCGCUCCCUCCAGACCACCACCAACUACCUGGUGGUCAGCCUGGCUGUGGCCGACCUGCUCGUGGCCUCGCUGGUCAUGCCCUGGGCCGUGUACCUGGAGGUGGUCGGCGGCGCCUGGCUCUUCAGCCGGCUCUACUGUAACAUCUUUGUCACGCUGGAUGUGAUGAUGUGCACUGCCAGUAUCCUCAACCUGUGCGCUAUCAGCAUCGACAGGUACACAGCAGUGGUGAUGCCUGUUUUGUACAACACCACGCACCGCUCCAGGAAGCGAGUUCUGGUGAUGAUUGCCACCGUGUGGGUCCUGGCUUUCGCCGUCUCCUGUCCCCUUCUGUUUGGCUUCAACACCACAGAUGACCCGAUGGUGUGCUCCAUCUCGAACCCGGACUUCGUCAUCUACUCCUCCGUGGUGUCCUUCUACCUGCCUUUCAUUGUCACGCUGCUGGUCUACAUCCGCAUCUAUGUCUUCCUCAGGAUGAGGCGGAAGAGGAUCUCCUUCGGCCAGCCCUGCAGAAAGGUCCAGCCAGGCUCCACCCCGCCAUCUGUGGAAACGUGUCUCCAAGAGGAAACUCCCAAGGCGAAGCAGGACCUUUCACCUAUACGGAUUAAAGUGCAGAGCGUGGAGCCUCUGGGUCCGUCCAAGCCCAGCCUGCUCUCAGGAUGCCUGUGGCGCAAGCACCCGAGGACGCGGCCGGCGGAGCACUCGGCGCUGCCCCCGGUGGACACGCAGAACUACUGCAGCAUCAGCCACGCGUCCUGCGGCCGCACCGAGCUGGACCCGGAGCAGCAGCCGGGGGAGGAGGGGGAGGAGGGGGAGGAGGAGGCAGCGGCGGCGGACAGCAACCAGGGCGAGGGUCCUCCCGUCAGGAUGGGCUGCGAGGUGAAGGACCUGUCCAACGGGCGAACGCACACGUCUCUGAGGCCGGCUCCUCACUCUCACACCAACAACCAGCGCUUCCGGAGCAUGCACGCCCGGGAGAAGAAGGCCACGCAGAUGCUGGCCAUCGUGCUGGGGGUGUUUCUCAUCUGCUGGCUGCCUUUCUUUGUGACUCACAUCCUGAACACCCACUGCAGGACGUGCUACGUGCCUCCCGCCCUGUACGGCGCGUUCACCUGGCUCGGCUAUGUCAACAGCGCCCUAAACCCCGUCAUCUACACCACCUUCAACAUCGAGUUCAGACGGGCCUUCAUCAAGAUCCUCAGCUGCUGAGGACGGAGCCAUGCCACAAAACUGAAAAUGGAAAUGAGCCACCGGAGAGGCGCACAACUCAGACCCUCAUCGCAGACGAUCGGAGGCUUUUGUACCACAGGAGUUAAACAGCAGCAGCGCGGUGCAGGAUUGAAACAAUAAAAUCCCGUGUGCAAUAAAUUCAAAGAGAGGAUUUUUACUUUUUUCCAACUCGGAUAAAGACUCAAAUCAUUUGAUGCUUUGCAAAACUGGGACUCCAUCAUAACUGGGUAUUACACAUCAAAGAUGCAGAACGCAAGAUGGACGUUCUUGUGAACGUCUUGUACAGUGUGGGUUCCGCUCGCUGCCACAGUUCCUUUAUGCAGGACUUGAGGAAGCUGCUUUCUGCCAUGGAUGGAGCUUUAAGAGUGAUUAAGUGAGGCUCAACUCCGAAGGCCACAGCAUUGUGUGGAUUAGCUAAUGAGACAACCUCCCCCACUCCUCAAUCAUCAUUACUAUCACUUACUCACAAGAGCAUGCACAAAUCAAAGGUUGACCACUCUAACUGUGCCACUGGUCCCUGGCAGGAGUCAUAAAUAUCAGUGUGGAGCCAUUAGGAAUAAAAAAUGAGAGUUGGAUGCAAUGCACCCUAGAAAUGUUCAGUGUUUUUUUAUUAUUAUUAAAAGACUUUCUGUUCGCUGGCACUCGUCUCCCUAAUCUGGAGCCGCCUACUGGCUGUUCCAACGUGCCAGUGAAGGCAGGAGCUUCUUGAUCUUUACAAGUUAAGCAGAAUUGUGAAGCAUGUGGUGGCAGGUCUGUCAUCAACGGGGCAUUCACUGCAGUGUGUAAAUAAAAGUGAACAAAUGCUGCUCCGACUCGCAGUCAUCUGUCUGUGCAGUGGGGAUCUGAUACUGGGGAAUCAAAGCACUGGUGGGGCUGAGCUAAUAGAACGAGAUUACAGGAGAUUCAGAGACAAAGACGCAGACGGAGGACGAGUCUGGAGGCAGGAGCAGAGCGAGAGGAGCCGAGUAGGAGGAGGAAAACCGAAAGAGGAGAGAGACGACGUGAAUGGAGACGGAUCAAAGAUGGAAUUGGAAGGAAACGACAGGUAGAUGGAUCAUGGAAGGACAGGUGCUGAUGGGCAGAGAGUGUGUGUGUGUAUGUGUGUGGGGGGGCAGCCUUUCUCCAGCUCACUUAUUUUUCUGAAAGGCAUCAGCACCUGCUCCCCUGACACUGUGCGCCGCUGCAUCGACUCAGCCCGGUUCCACUGAGACUUCAUAUGACGAUGAUGUACCUGUGUGUGUGUGUGUGUUUAUGAUUGCGCAGUGAGAGGAGCCUCCAGCUUGUGAUCAUCACAAGGCAAUCAGCCAAUCAAUAAACCGUAGCAUUCA